ACCACACUGAACAGAAACACAAUGAGCCUCCUGUCAGCUGUAUGUAUUCUCUUGGCUUUUGGGAUCUGUGAGUGUGCAGAGAAACCUCACAUUGUUUUUAUAGUUGCUGAUGACCUUGGCUGGAACGAUGUCGGAUUUCGGAACCCUCAAAUGAUCACCCCUAACCUGGACAGACUGGCUAAAGCUGGUGUCAUCCUCAACUCAUCCUACGUCCAGCCUCUAUGUUCGCCCUCCAGAAAUUGUUUCAUGUCGGGAUAUUUCCCGUAUCACACAGGACUCCAAGAUGGCGUUGUUGGGAUAAACGCAGCAAAACAUCUACCGGCCAAGCUAACAAUAAUACCACAGAAACUGAAACAACUUGGUUAUGAUGCCCACAUUGUUGGAAAAUGGCAUCUUGGCUUCUGUAACUGGAAGUAUACACCCACAGAGAGAAGCUUUGACUCCUAUCUUGGAUAUUACUCUGGAAUGGAGGACUAUCUAACCCAUAUUAUACAGGACCAUGAAGGUAACGUGGGACUGGAUUUUCGCUUCAACAAAACUGCCUAUAGAGACGCCAACGGAACCUAUUCUACACAUAUAUUUGCCAACAAGGCUGUUGAAAUCAUUGAGAACCACGACACCAGUAAGCCACUCUAUCUGUACCUUCCAUUCCAGGCUGUACAUUCACCUCUUGAAGUUCCACCUAAAUAUGAAAAUAUGUACAAGAACAUAGCAACUAUGAAUAGAAGGAUUUAUUGUGGAAUGGUGAGUGCUUUAGACGAAGCUGUUGGCAAUAUCACUAAGGCAUUAGAAGACAAAGGUCUCAUGGACAAUCUCCUGUUGGUCUUUACAACUGAUAAUGGUGGCCCUACAUUUGUUGCUGCCAAUAACCUGCCUUUACGAGGAGCCAAGGCUACACUAUGGGAAGGGGGAACGAAAGGAACUGGAUUCAGCUACAGUAAAUCCCUCCUGAAGAAGACGGGCUACCUCAACACUGGAAUGAUGCAUGCUGUGGACUGGUACCCGACAUUGGUGGAGUUGGCUGGUGGAGAGAACACAGAUCCCAACAUGGACGGAGUCAGUCAGUACGACAUGCUCAUCAAUGGUGGACCCAGCAAGCGGAAUGAGUUCGUCUACAACAUCUAUGACGAGAUUGAUGCAGCUGCAAUCAGGUACGGCGAUCUCAAACUCAUGCAAGGCAGUCCGGGAGAUCACAAUGGUUGGGCUCCUUUGCCACAUCUGGGAAUUGAUGAAGGUGUCUAUGAAGCUGAUAACCAAACAUUCCCUCCUUUCAUGCUCUACAACAUUACUGCAGAUCCAACCGAACACUUCGACCUCUCUUCCAAGUAUCCAGAUCUACUGGACAUGAUGAAGAAGAGGCUGGAGAACUGGAAGAAGUCUCGUGUUCCGGCCCAAGACCCUACUCCGGUUCCUGCAUCGAACCCGAAGUACUUUGGUGGUGUAUGGAGUCCUGGAUGGUGUUGAUGUCUCUUUUCAAACAAAUACUUCCCGUUUCACAAGAACGAAAUCUGUGUUAUUCAGUGUUGACGGUUAUUCGGUUGGAAAUACUUAAUUUUAUCUGUAAUAUAGUGUAUGAAUAAAGGAACACUGCAGAUGGGGAUAUAAAUACCAGCAUAGUCCUAAAUAUCAGCCGAGUGUGAGUAAAA